CUGGCUCCCUACUCUUUGUUUGAUCCUAUUGUCAUGAAGCUUACUAUUUCCACUUUAUUAUUAUCAACUUUACUUGCUUUCACUAAAGCUUCGGACGUUAAUAGUUACGAUAUUGCUUUCGUCACUGCUUUAGUAUCUGAUUAUAAAGGACAUGCUAAAGACUACAUAAAUUUCAUUCAAACUGCUGAAAGUGUUCCUGAAGAAGUUACUCAUUUGGCCAUUCAAGCUGCUACUUACACUAACGAUGCUUAUACUACUUUGUUGAAUGAUCUUGAUGUCACUUCGUUGGAAAAUUAUGCCACCAAUUUGCCUUGGUAUUCAAGAAUCUCCUCUGAUGUUUCUGAAGCUGGUUAUACCGAUAGAGCCGAAGCGGAGACUGGUUCCAACUCUGGCUCUGGCUCCGGCUCAAGCUCUGGCUCCGGCUCUGGCUCAAGCUCUGGCUCAAGCUCUGGAAGAUCAUCCACUUCAAGACGUUCUGGUGACUCUUCUUCGAUUCCUUAUGAAGACACUACCCGUAGUACCCCUACUGGUGGUGCUAAUGCCAUGGGCGCCGGUUCUUAUACCCAGGUCGGUGCCAUCUUAGGUGCCAUCGCCCUCGUCUUGCUCUGA